CCCCACAGUUUGGCAAGAUGUCGGUGAAGGAGGGUGCCCAGCGCAAGUGGGCGGCACUGAAGGAAAAGCUGGGGCCGCAGGACUCGGACCCCACCGAGGCCAACCUGGAGAACGCCGACCCCGAGCUGUGCAUCCGGCUGCUGCAGAUGCCCUCCGUGGUCAACUACUCCGGCCUGCACAAGCGCCUGGAGAGCAGCGAUGGCGGUUGGAUGGUGCAGUUCCUGGAGCAGAGUGGCCUGGACCUGCUGCUGACGGCGCUGGCGCGGCUGUCAGGCCGCGGCGUGGCCCGCAUCUCGGACGCCCUGCUGCAGCUCACCUGCAUCAGCUGCGUGCGUGCCGUCAUGAACUCGCAGCAGGGCAUCGAGUACAUCCUCAGCAACCAGGGCUACGUGCGCCAGCUCUCUCUCGCCCUGGACACAUCCAACAUGAUGGUCAAGAAGCAGGUGUUUGAGCUACUGGCCGCCCUGUGCAUCUACUCCCCUGAGGGCCACGCACUUACACUGGAUGCCCUGGAUCAUUACAAGACGGUGUGCAGCCAGCAGUACCGCUUCAGCGUCAUCAUGAACGAGCUCUCUGACAGUGACAACGUACCCUACGUGGUCACCCUGCUCAGCGUGGUCAACGCCAUCAUCCUGGGCCCCGAGGCCCUCCGCACCCGGACCCAGCUGCGGGGCGAGUUCAUCGGGCUGCAGCUGCUGGACAUUCUGACCCGGCUACGGGACCUAGAGGAUGCCGACCUGCUGAUCCAGCUGGAAGCCUUCGAGGAGGCCAGGGCUGAGGAUGAGGAGGAGCUGCAGCGCAGCUGCGGGGGCCUGGACAUGAGCAGCCACCAGGAGGUCUUCGCCUCGCUCUUCCACAAGGUGAGCUGCUCCCCCGCCUCAGCCCAGCUGCUCUCCAUGCUGCAGGGCCUCCUGCACCUGGAGCCCACCCGCCCCCCAGGCCAGCUGCUCUGGGAGGCGCUGGAGAGCCUGGUGAACCGGGCCGUGCUCCUGGCCGGCGACGCCCAGGAGAGCCCCUUGGAGGAGGUGGUCGAACGGCUUCUGUCCCUUAAAGGCCGGCCUCGACCCAGCCCGCAGGACAAGGCCCACAAGAGUGUCCAGGCUAACCUGGGCCCAAGCCCUGGAGACGUGACUGCCCUCGAGGGGCCACAGUCGGCCGCGGCUCCCGUCUGCCAGCGCGCGCCCAGCGCUCAGACCAGCGGUGGCCCCAUGGCUCCACAGCCGAUCAGCCGGCGUUGAGCCGGCCUCCCUCUCCCACGUCCCCCCCCCUCCAUCAUCCAGCCUCAGGCCCCCCCCCCUCCUCCACCCCCACCCCCACCCCCGCUGCCAGGCCUGGGGGGAACAUUUACUUCAAUACCUCUGCCACCCCCAUUUCUACCAGGGUGCCGCCAGGCCCUGCCCCCACCCCCUCCCCCGUUCCCAGGCACCGGGCCCUUGCCCCCACCCCCUCCCCCGUUCCCAGGCACCGGGCCCUUGCCCCCACCCCCUCCCCCACUCCCAGGCACCGGGCCCUUGCCCCCACCCCCUCCCCCACUGCCUGGUGUUGGGGGUCCCCCUCUGCCUCCCCCGCUGCCCAGUGCCUCCUCCUUGGCCGGCGGAGUGGAGGAUGUCAUCGUGGCCCAGGUGGACCACAGUCUGGGCUCGGCCUGGGUCCCCAGCCACCUCCGCGUGAAAGCGCCCACUCUGCGCAUGAAGAAGCUCAACUGGCAGAAGCUGCCCUCCAACGUGGCCCGAGAGCACAACUCCAUGUGGGCCACGCUGAGCGGCCCGGGUACUGAGGUGGUGGAGCCUGACUUCUCCAGCAUUGAGCGGCUCUUCUGCUUCCCUGUGGCCAAGCCCAAGGAACCCUCAGCUGCCCCUGCCAGGAAGGAGCCCAAGGAGGUCACUUUUCUGGACUCCAAGAAGAGCCUGAACCUCAACAUCUUCCUGAAGCAGUUUAAGUGCUCCAAUGAGGAAGUCACCGCCUUGCUCCGGGCUGGAGACACCACCAGGUUUGAUGUAGAGAUACUCAAACAACUCCUGAAGCUCCUUCCAGAGAAACACGAGAUGGAGAACCUGCGGGCAUUCACAGAAGAGCGAGCCAGGCUGGCCAGUGCGGACCAGUUCUACCUCCUCCUGCUGGACAUCCCCUGCUACCAGCUGAGGGUGGAGUGCAUGCUGCUGUGUGAAGGCACGGCCGUCAUACUGGACAUGGUGCGGCCCAAGGCCCAGCUGGUGCUCGCCGCCUGCAAGAGCCUGCUCACCAGUCACCGGCUGCCCAUCUUCUGCCAGCUGAUCCUGAAGAUCGGGAAUUUCCUCAACUAUGGCAGCCACACAGGUAAUGCCGAAGGCUUCAAGAUCAGCACACUGUUGAAACUCACGGAGACCAAGUCCCAGCAGAGCCGGGUGACCCUGCUGCACCACGUGCUGGAGGAGGUGGAGAAGAGCCACCCGGACCUCCUGCAGCUGCCCCAGGACCUGGAGCUGCCCGCCCAGGCCGCAGGGAUCAACUUGGAGAUCAUUCGCUCAGAGGCCAGUGCCAACCUGAAGAAGCUUCUAGAGACAGAGCGGAAGGUGACCGCGUCAGUCCCGGAGGUGCAAGAGCAGUACACUGAACGCUUGAAGGCCAGCAUCGCGGCCUCCAGGGCUCUGGACGCGGUGUUCCAGGCCAUCGAGCAGAAGAAGCUGGCGCUGGCGGACUACCUGUGUGAGGAGCCCCUGCAGCUGUCCCUGGAGGACACAUUCUGCACCAUGAAGGCCUUCCAGGACCUCUUCACCCGGGCCCUGAAGGAGAACAAGGACCGGAAGGAGCAACUGGCAAAGGCGGAGAGGCGGAGGCGGCAGCAGGCAGAGGGGGAGGCUCGGAGGCCGAAGGGCGAGGACGGGAAGCCCGUGAGGAAGGGGCUCGGGAAGCAGGAGGAGGUGUGUGUCAUCGACGCCCUGCUGGCCGACAUCAGGAAAGGCUUCCAGCUGCGGAAGACCACCCGCGGCGGCGGCGGCUGCGGCGGCCGGGGAGACUCAGAGAGCAGCAGCAGGGGGCCCGCAGCUGACCCCCCUCGGGCCACAGAGCCUGUGGCCGCUACGGAGCCUGUGCGGGGCCCCACAGCCAGCACGGGUUGCGCUGCGGUGGAGCCUGGCCCGGGUGCCACCGCGGCUGCCGAGCCGAAGGGCUGGGACCUGGUGGAUGCCGUGAGCCCCGGGCAGGAUGACGGGCCCCCAGCCCUGGAGAGACAGUCCUCUUGGUACGUCGAUGCCAGUGAGGUCCUGAUCCCUGAAGACGCCCUGAGCCUCCAGCCCCCCCAGGGGGCCUGGCCAGUGACUCUGGGAGACUCUCAGGCCCUGCAACCCAUCCAGUUCAGCGACACGGCCCCCAGCGCCCAGGGCGCCCCCCAGGACGCAGAGCAGCGCGCGGACUCGCCCAGCGUCCACCAGGCUGAGGCUCACAGCAUGAGUGGGGGGCCAGCGGACGCUGCUGCCCACGGCCCCGGCCCCUGCCGCGCCAGCCCCAGCCCUCGUGGAGACGAGGAUGAAGAGGACACGGCCCCAGAGUCCGCGCUGGACACGUCCCUGGACAAGUCCUUCUCUGAAGACGCGGUGACGGACUCUUCGGGGUCUGGCACCCUCCCCAGGGCCCGGGGCCGGACUUCGAAGGGGACAAGCAAGCGAAGAAAGAAGCGCCCCUCCAGGAGCCAGGAAGAGGUUGUCCCUGACUCUGAUGAUAGUAAAACAAAAAGGCUGUGUGCCGUCCAGUGAGGCCUCAGGCCCAGGCCCAAAGCCAAGUGAGCAGCGCCGGCCUCCCCAAGCAACAGGCCCUGGACACGCCGUGUGGCAAGACCUUCCAGGCCAGGCCAGAACGGGGCCCGAGAAAUGAAAACUCCGUGCCUUUCCCAGUCAGGGCGGCCACAGGCGUCCGGCCUGGGCCUGGCCUGGCGUCCCAGGCCACCUGCACGCAGCCUUGCCAUCUGCUUUGUACCCAACCCGCACGGCACGCACCGCAGGGAGGGGCAGUGGCUUCCUGUCUGCUGCCAUGUUAUCCGCUAGUGUGGCUCCAGCUCCCCCGCCUGCCU